CCCGCACACCCAUCCAUGCUCCAGCCACAUGGUAGUUGCGUGACCUGGCCCCACUUGCAGGUCACGUCCUGUAGGAAGCCUCCCUGUUGGAGCACUUGCCACUUCCUGUUGACAUGUACUUUUGCUGGUCCCUUCUCCCCGCCCCCACUCUCUGAACCCACUGGGUGCUGGGCCCCAGCACCCAGCGUGGAGCCUGGCGUGGAGGAGGGGCUUGGAAAAACGAGGGGAUCCAGGCAGGGAUGCAGAAAAGCCCGCAGAGCUCAGCAGGCUGGACUGGGCCCUGAGGAGGGAGGAGCGGGCGCAAGAAGGGCUCCCUCACGGUCCCGCCCAGCCUGGCAGGAGCGGGUCCAACAAGCAGCUCCUUGGGGACCGGAUCCCUUGUCCCCAGGGAAACUGAGGCCUCUGGCAGUGUGUUGCUCUGAGCUGUGGACAGGGACUGAGCCGGGAUCCGCCCCAGCCGAAUUCUCUCUCUUCAUCUCUGGCCGUACCAGGGCCAAGAGCUUGACGCUCGCCCAGCAGGCACCCCACGUCCCUUCCAGGAGGCAGGGGAUUGCCAGCCAGCGCCCCCAACCUCCCGGCCACCGCAGAGAUGCUGAGGCAGUGGUCAGUGGGGUCCGGCCAGGCCUCCCGGGAGCCAGAAGCCGGGGUGGAGGAGCUGUGGGAGCAGGAGAUGGCGCGGCUGGAGUCCUCCCAGGCGCUGGUGCGGGAGCUGCCCUAUGCCAUGGUGGACAAGCGCUUCAUCCGCUGCGGGAGCCCGAGGGCGCCAAGACCUCCUGCUGGCAGCGAUGGCAGCGCCGGCGGCGGGCAGUGGGGCGGCGCCUGGGGGAGGCAGCGCGGCGGCUGGCCCAGGGCUUCGGGCUCUGGGAAGGGGCCCUCUACGAGAUCGGAGGCCUCUUUGGCACCGGAAUCCAGUCCUACUUCACCUUUCUCCGCUUCCUGCUGCUGCUCAACCUGCUGACCCUGCUGCUGACUGCCAGCUUCGUCCUGCUGCCCCUGGUCUGGCUCCGUCCCCGUGACCCAGGCCCGGCCCUCAACUUCACCCUCCAGUGCUCUGAUGGCCUCCAGUCCCAGACUGGUGUUCCCAGGUUCCACAAUCAACUCUGGAAUGUCUUAACCGGCAGGGCCUUCAACAACACUUACCUCUUCUACGGCGCCUACCGGGCGGGUCCGGAGAGCGGCUCGGCCUACAGCAUCCGCCUGGCCUACCUCCUGAGCCCCCUGGCCUGCCUCCUCCUCUGCUUCUGUGGGACUCUUCGGCGGAUGGUGAAGGGGCUGCCGCAGAGGCUGUUUCUGGGCCAGGACUACAGGUCGCCCGUCAGCAUCAAAGUGUUCUCCUCCUGGGACUUCUGUAUCCGGGGGCAGGAAGCAGCCACCAUCAAGAAGCAUGAGAUCAGCAACGAGUUCAAGGUGGAGCUGGAGGAAGGGCGUCGGUUCCUGCAGGUGCAGCAGCAGACCCGGACCCAGAGGAUCUGCCACCUGCUUACCUACCUGCGGGUCAACGUCCUCAUCGGGCUCCUGGUGGUUGGGGCCAUCAGCGUGAUCUUCUGGGCCACCAAGUACUCGCAGGACAACAAAGAGGACUCACUGUUUGUGCUGCUGCAGUACCUGCCCCCUGGGGUCAUCGCCCUGGUCAACUUUUUGGGGCCCCUGCUAUUUGUUUUCCUCAUCCAGCUGGAGAACUACCCCCCCAGUACUGAGAUCAACCUCGCCCUCCUCUGGUGCGUUGUCCUGAAGCUGGCCAGCCUGGGAAUAUUCUCCUUCUCUCUCGGCCAGACCGUGCUGUGUAUCGGCAGAAACAAGACGAGCUGUGCGGCCUACGGCUACAACGCCUGUGAUUACGAGUGCUGGGAAAACGCAGUCGGGGAAGAGCUAUACAAGCUGAGCAUCUUCAACUUCCUCCUCACCGUGGCCUUUGCCUUCUGCGUCAGCCUGCCUAGGAGGCUGCUGGUGGAGCGGUUCACGGGCAGCUUCUGGACCUGGCUGGACCGAGAAGAAUUCCUGGUGCCCAAGAAUGUCCUGGACAUCGUGGCGGGGCAGACAGUCACCUGGAUGGGCCUCUUCUACUGUCCCCUGCUGCCUCUGCUCAACAGCGUCUUUAUCUUCCUCACCUUCUACAUCAAGAAGUACACCCUCAUGAGGAACUCCAAGGCAUCUCCUCGGCGAUUCCGCGCCUCCAGCUCCACCUUCUUCUUCCAGCUGGUGCUCAUCCUGGGUCUGCUCCUGGCCGUCAUGCCCCUGGGCUACGUGGUCAGCAGCAUCCACUCCUCCUGGGACUGUGGCCUUUUCUCCAACUACUCGGCCCCCUGGCAGGUGGUCCCAGAGCUGGUGGCCCUCCGGCUCCCGCCCUCUGGCCAGCGCAUCCUCCACUACAUCGGUUCCCACGCCUUCAGCUUCCCCCUUCUCGUCCUGCUCAGCCUUGUCCUGACCAUUUGCGUCUCCCAGUCCCAGGCCAAUGCCAGGGCCAUCCGGGGGCUCCGAAAGCAGCUGGUGUGGCAAGUCCAGGAGAAGUGGCACCUGGUGGAGGACCUGUCGCGGCUGCUGCCCGAGGGCUCCGGCGUCCCUGUGGGGCCCGAGUCCCCCCACUCCCGAGCUUCGCGCCCGCGGUCCUUCUGCCCGGGGUUUCCGUGCCCGGGCUCCCCAGGCCCCAGGGCCCCCAGGCCGGGACCUUGCCUCGAGGACUCCGUCUCUAGAUUCCGCUUCUCCAGCGGCGCGGAGCUGUAGCACCCACUCCUGCGUCCGCCAGAGCCUCCCCAGGGCCUGACCUAGGUCCCCACAACCAGAGUGCCCCUGGGCCCCAGCCCCUGCGCCCUGGUGCUCGAGGCAGAGCCCAGGGGCAGCAGGAAGAAAAUACGGGAAGUUGUGUUUGUGUUUUUACCUCAGUCCUGUAGACUCUCUAAUUUUGGUGAAUGUGACGUUAGGGCAGUAAGCCAGGAAUGCAGUUUAAAUACACAUCCAUGGGGGGGCUCAGAAGUGCUCCCACUGGGGCAAGACCUGGCCGCACCAAGGGCCUGCUGGUUCUGAGUGCACAUGGGCCCCCACAGCCCCAGCUCCGGAGCCACACCUGCACCAGCACCUGCAUUCCUGACCCUGAUGGGGGUGGGGUGGGGGGACGCGGGGGGGUUCCAGGGCCUACUGGAGUCUGAGGAACAGAGAGUUCAUGGCCAGCCUCUCCCUGGCAGGGUUCCUCAUAGUCCGUUCUAACCCAGGACCCCACAUCAACAAAGUAGGCCUCGGGCACCCCCGGUGGCGCAGCGGUUUGGCGCCGCCUGCAGCCCGCGGUCUGAUCCUGGAGACCCAGGAUUGAGUCCCACGUCGGGCUCCCUGCGUGGAGCCCGCUUCUCCCUCUGCCUGUGUCUCUGCCUCUCAGUCUCUCUCUCUCUCUCUCUGAAUGAAUAAAUUAAACAAACAAAAAAAAAAAAGUAGGCCUCUUCAGGACCCCGGAACAGGGGCCCCUUGGCCACACCUUCUGCAGACCUGUUGCUAACCCUCCUCUGUGCCCCUUCUCCUCACUGCCUCCCCCACCGUAGCUGUGGCUUAAGAGUGGUGAAGAAGAGGAGGGUGCUAGGCGUGUACAGACCUGUGCCGUGAGACACACAGGAGGCAUUCGCCUGGGCCGUGAAGGCAGGGCAGGGAUGCAGCCCGGGGUCUCCCACCGCCCCUGCCUCUCCAGUGGCUCGCAAUCCGUGGCUCUCAGCCUGAGGGGACUGGCCCUGUGCCAGGGCUGCUGAUGUGGUCGGCCCAGGUGCAGCCAGCAGCCAGGCAUUGGGACUUUUUCUAAAGCUGCCAGGUGACUCUCUCCAGCAGCCAGGGUUGAGGAUGCUGGCCUAAGGAGCUGUUGGGGGGCGCCCGGGUGGCUCCAUCGGUCCGUGAAGCAUCUGCCUUUGGCUCAGGGUCCUGGGAUGAAGCUCUGCAUCCGGACUCCCUGCUCAGCAGGGAGUCUGCUCCUCCCUCUCCCUCUGCCCCUCCCCCUGCUCAUGCUCUCUCUCUCUCUCUCUCUCUUUUUAAAAUAAAUUCUUAAAAAAAAAAAGAAAACAACUGUCAGGAGGGCGGAUCAGGAGAAAGCCCACGACAUGCUUGGCAAGCCUCUAUUUCCACCAGGGGCCCGGCACCUGGCAGGGUGUCCAGCCUGGGCGCAGCUCUGGCCUGGUGCCCUCAGGCCCAGGCCUUCAUGUGGGCUCUGAAGGCUUGGCUGGUUCAGCUCCUCCUGUUACUGUUCUCUCAGUGUCACAUGACCCAUCAGUCUGUCAACAAGUGCAGAGCCUUGUUCGGGGAAACACACAGUGCUGUGUGCUCCAUGGGCAGAGGGCCACCGGCCUGUCCCAGGUGAAAGUGACACAUGUUGUGAACAAGCAGCUUUGGGCCAGAGCGUGGCCCCGACCUGCAGCAGUAGCUGCAGCUACCCCCCCACCCCACCCCCCGAGCUUGGUGGAAAUGCAGAUUCUCAGGCUCCACGAAACAGAAACAGAAACUCUAAGGAUAAGGCCCAGCGCUGUCUUGUGAUGAGUCCCCAGGGGUGAUGCUGCUGGUGCCCAAGUGCUAGGAGGCUGGAACACCGGGGUCCUUGUCUCAUCACUUUCUCAUGCCUUCAGCAGAUGUUCACUGAGACCCAGCCAAGUGCAACACCAGCGAGAUGACAAGCGUGGGGAGACCUGGGGAAAUCAAACUGGGCCUGUUUGCUCGGCUGAAACAUGGGGCUGAGACCACCGUCCUCUGAGUGGCUGUGAGAAUUAAAUGAGCAAUGACUUAUCAA